AUGAGCAAUCAAACCACAGUCAGCACAUUCCUUUUGUGGGGAUUUUCUAGUUUCCCAGACCUGCAGGCUCUUCUCUUUGUGUUGAUUUUCUUCUCCCAUCUGACCAUCCUAGCUGCAAAUGUGUCAAUCAUGGUGGCCAUAAAACUCAACCACAACCUUCACAACCCCAUGUACUUUUUCCUCUGUGGCCUAUCUUUUUCAGAGACAUGUACCACUAUGGUCAUCAUCCCCCGCAUGUUGGUGGACUUGCUUUCAGUCAGCAAGACCAUUUCUCUUCCUGAAUGUGCCACACAGAUGUUUUUUUUCUUUGGCUUGGGAGGCAAUAACUGCUUCACUAUGGCUGCCAUGUCUUAUGACCGUUACACUGCCAUUCACAACCCACUGCACUAUGCCAUCCGGAUGAGCCAUAAAAUCUGUGCUCAGCUCAUGGUGGCCUCUUGGAUGGUUGGAUUCCUGAUUUCUCUGAGCAUUGUCAACAUUGUCUUCAACUUGUCUUUCUGUGAUUCCAACAUCAUCCAGCACUUCUUCUGUGAUUUCUUACCUGUUGUUUCCCUUGCUUGUAACUAUACUUCCUAUCAUGAAAUGCUUAUUUCUUUUCUCUCUGCCUUUGUGUUGGUGGGCAGCUUUAUUUUAAUCAUGAUCUCCUAUAUCUUCAUUGGGUCUGUAAUUAUGAAGAUGCCCUCUACUAAGGGAAGGUAUAAGGCCUUCUCAACUUGUUCUUCCCACCUCACUGUGGUGUCCAUACACUAUGGAUUUGCUGGGUUUGUAUAUUUGAGGCCAAAAUAUGAGGACUCAUUUAGUGAAGAUAUGCUGAUGGCUGUGACUUACACUGUACUGACUCCUCUUCUCAAUCCCAUUGUUUACAGUCUAAGGAAUAAAGAAAUGCAGGUAGCCUUAAGGAAGAUAGUUAGCAAUGCUAAUAGGUUUCUUCUUCACAGAGUAAAUAAAAGAACUGAAAACACUUAA